AAUAACAUAGUUAUGAAUUUAUGUUUCCUACUUCUCUCACUCAGUGGACUAUUCCUUGUGACCGGGGAUCAGAUCAUUCUUGCAAUAGAAGCAGAUGGAAUUAAAUUCGCUGGAUGUAAUACUUGCCAGUUACUUGCAUUUGAAGCUUUCGUGCCUGGGAUUUGUCCUGUGACUGAGCAACUCACAACAGCCCAACUUAGUGAGGUCAUAGCGAACGCAGAAAGUUCAAACACACAGCCUUACAAUUUUGAUCAACUGAUCGUAUGUUGCGAUGGCACUUCGGCUUCUAAUCUACUUUUGGAUGUUCUCCGAUAUUCUAUCAUCAAUGAAAUCACCAUGGACAAAUGCACACAAGAUUUCUCACCGUCCAUGGCAGAUUUUGUCGUCAUCUACGGACUUCAGAAAGUGACCAUCAUUUCAUCAACCUCAACUGAUUACCCAAGAAACAGACUGGACCUGACUCAAACAGAUGAAGGAGAUACGACCACAAAUUACCAGAACUACCAUAUCGUUCUUCUCUGCCAAAAUCUGUUCGAUGGAUCCAACGGCGUUCGUGGUUUGAGUGUAAUUUAUGACCACACCUCGACAAAUCUACCAGCAGAAAUGACCGCAGCCCUUCAAAGAGCACCAACUAGUGUCACCUCGAAAGGAGACAACACUUUUCUGGCUUCAGCAAUUUAUGGAAAAUAGAACCAAGAUAUGUAAAUGGAAGUAGGAAUGUAUAUUCCUAGUUCCAUAGAACUUUACUUGGCAACAGUCUUGGUUUGAAAUAAUAUUGAUAUUUGUAUUUUUUUAUACAGCGCAUUUUCGUUCUGAACGUGUUUUUAUGAAUAAAAAAGUUUUUUCUAAAAUAACACAUUUCUGGCUUCAGCAAUUCAUAGAAAAUAAAAUAUGAAAAGAUGUAUUUGGGACUAGUAAACUUCGUGCCGAGAAAACCAAAAUUUAACUCGGCAAUUGGUCUAAAUUUGAUAUACCGGUAAUACAUAUUUUUUAUACCAAGUAUUUAUAUGACUUUCCUAUCCCCAUUACGAGCAAAUUUUUUCAUAUCAUAAUAUACCAAUGAAAAAUUGAACGGAAGCCAUAUAAAUUACUAUUCAAAACGCAUUCUGAAAAAGCAAUUCGGAAUGCUUCAGGCACACUAAGGUUCUUCUGAAUAUUGGUUUAAAUUUCUGUUAUUAAUCCUAGAUCUUGCCAAUGUUUGUAUGCAUUUUAUUUUUAUAAUUUAAACUUGACAAAACACCUCAGUGUUGCAAUAUAUUUUCAUUUUCAUACUUUUGUUUCAUUUUUUGCU